GUUUAUCAGGAGGUAGGGGUAGAGGUCGUGUGAAGUGCAGCUACGUGGUGGUUGUCUCGGUUUGCACUGGAGUUGGAGAAUUUUUUUCCCCUGCUUUUUUAACUGCCCAAGAGCUGCGUCAUGCUUGCUACCCCGCCAUCUAUUUGGAGUGCCCUCUAACUCUGCCCUACAAACCUACAAUUGUAGGAGAACUUCCUUUAUAUUAAUUCUUCACACCGGCAAAGGCUUUGCCCGUUCGCCUCCCGAACUCAAGACCGGAAGCCAACCAAAAGGACCCCCCCAACCGGCCGAACCAUGACCCGCUUCCGGCCCUGUAUCGACCUGCACGCCGGGCAGGUGAAGCAGAUCGUGGGUGGCACCCUGGACAGCGCGACUUCGGAGCUGAGGACGAACCACGUGUCGCCGCACCCUCCCGCGCACUUCGCCCGCCUGUACCGCGACGGCGACCUCGGCGGCGCCCACGUCAUCAUGCUGGGUGGCGGGAACGCCGACGCCGCCCGAGAGGCACUGGCCGAGUGGCCCGGUCGCCUGCAGGUCGGCGGCGGGAUCGGCGACGGGAACGCGCGGCAGUGGAUUGAGGCUGGUGCUGAGAAGGUGAUCAUAACGUCCUUCCUCUUCCCCGAAGGGCGUUUCAGCCAGGAGCGCCUGGACGCCGUGCUGGCGGCCCUAGACGGCGACAAGAGCAAGCUGGUCAUCGACCUCAGCUGUCGGAGACGCGGCGAGGACAGGUGGUUCGUCGCCAUGAACAAGUGGCAGACCAUCACGGAUAUGGAGGUGAACCAGGAAUCCAUCUCCCGACUCGAGCCCUACUGCUCCGAGUUCCUCAUUCACGCAGCCGACAACGAGGGCCUGCAGCGGGGCAUCGACGAGGCGCUGGUCGGCCGGCUGGCCGAGUGGUGCACCAUCCCCGUGACCUACGCCGGCGGAGGCCGGGCCCUUGCGGACCUGGACCGCGUCGAGGCGCUGAGCGGGGGGAGGGUCGACCUCACCAUCGGCAGCGCCCUGGACUGCUUCGGCGGCAGCGGGGUGACGCUGGAGGAGUGCGUCGAGUGGAACAGGCGGAAGGGAUAGGAGGGGCGUUUGACUUGUUGCAGAUUAGAUCACGGAGUCUAAAACUCUAUCGUUUACUCCCCUUUCUGAAGGUGCUGGGCUCCAGCCUGUUUCCGGAGUAGUCCUACUCGGCCACGAGCUACACAUGGAGCUGAUUGGUUAGGAAGAUUGAUGGGGUCACUAUGAGCACAGCGAGAGGAGAUGUAAAAAAUACCAAAUGUAAUUUCUCGUGUCCCUGUACAGACCAAUACAUACAAAGUAAGAAGGCCGCUUUCCCCUGGGAAGACGGCCUCGUUGUGGAAGAUAGAUAUCCCCCUUAGUAGUCUUGUCUCCUCAACAACUUGUCUGUUGUAGACCACUGGAAAACGUCAACCCCCCCCUGCUUCCGAACACGAGCAGAG